AUGCCCGGCGAACAGGACACCCCUGUCGCUUGGUAUGACUCGCCAAACAUCGUCCAACUCAUUCGGGGCACCCUCCCCACGACUCCCUCCUCCAGCUAUCCGGUCCCAAUCCAGAGACCGAAAACCGUUUUUAAGAAGUACAAAGGAUCGCCUGACCAACUGCUUUUCGACGAUGAUCACAUGGACUUCCUCGUUAGGAUGGUCGCGUACAUGCGCAUCCUCAACGAGGACUUGCCCGGCAGGUCGCAAGGCCUGUGGGGCCAUAUUCGGCGCGAGUUCUCCUCUCGUUACCCCGCCCUGGCAUGGUUCGCCCCGUUUGCCUGGGCGAGCUGCUACCGCAAACACGAGGCGUGGUGUGACGCCCGUGUCACCUUCUACGUCUCAGCGGGUAUCGACCACACGCUGAAGACGGCGUCGGAGAGGCAACCCGGUGCGCGUGGAUAUUGCCCGCCACCUGCUCCCCCACAAGGCAUCUCCGAUUUGACGGACAAGCAGCACCAAGCGCACAAGAGGCGCAGAGCGGACAACGCCGAGAAGAGCAGGAAGAGGAAAGCCACGAGCAGCACGGGAGUUGGAAGUGCAACUUCCCCAGGGCUCCUCCACUCGGACCCGACCAUCGCAGGUCCAAGUGGCACGAGGUCCUCAACCCCGCCGGCUGCCCCUGCCACCGCCUUGGCUGCGUCUCCCACCCGGCAUGUGCAUUUCACUCCCUUUGCCGACGAGCUAGGAUGCAAGCUUCUGGUUGUCGCCCGUCGUGUGUACUGCGACGCACGGGCCGGUACAGCGGCCUAG